GCCUGACACAGUUUGCAAACUGUACCUCAAAGGCGGGAGAAGCAGAUUCUGGGGACAGAUGACAGGAGGGAACCCCGGGCUGGGAAGAUGACAGCCUGUGAGGGCCUGAGAUCUGCAGCGCAGCCCUGGGAAAGGAGGCUUUGUGGCAAUAAGGACUAUAAACAGGCCACCCUGGCUCUGAGGGGUGGCAGUUCAUUUUCCUGUCCAGCUUGCUGUGGCCGCUGGUCAGUCACAGUUCUGUGGCCUGUGAGCGAUGGACUGCAAAGCAAGAGAAAACGGUAUGCGUAGCCUGGGCUCCUUUGACAAAGUAUGUGUGCGUGUGUGUGCGCGUGUGUGUGGACGCGUGUGCGCGUGUGUACAGAGAAGCCCCCAGAGGCAGUGUAUCGCAGAACGUUCACGGUGGCUAAACUGGGAGAGGUUCUUAGCUUCUGGGUGUGGAUGUUUAAAUGUUUGGGUUUUUUAAAAUAUAUUUUGAAAAUACUCCUUGUGGAUCAGGAAAGAGCAAAGCUAUUUUCAGUGACUCGUGGGUGGCUGCUGUUUGUCUUUUCAAAUUUACCCGCCCUCUUGGGUUCUGAAUUCGCCUGCUGGGCCUGGAGUCGGGGCGGGACCUUGGAGGCCAGGGAGCCGGCCCUGGCUAGGCCCCAGGAACCCUUCCUUCCCCUUUUCUCCGGUGUCUGUCCACCUCCCCUGAAGCUUGCACUGGAGCCCAGGGCAGACGGUGGGCGCCUAAGCCCACUCCGUGAGGGGCAAGCAGACUGCUGGCAGCAGGCCUCAGGCAGAGAGAGUGGGGAGUUACAGAAAAUGCUAGAGACAUUCUGUUUGCACAUGGCAAGCUGGACACAGAGCAAAGCAUGGACCACAUGCCUGCCUCGCCUUAGCCUGGGGCCUGGGGUUGGGGCCAGUGAGGGCUGAGGCUGUGGCCCUGACAGGGCCCGGGAUGGGCUUCAUGUUGGCAGCUGAGGACCUGAGAACAGUGGCGGGGCUUAUUCCAGGCUUAUUUCCCAGCUGCCUCUUGCCUUGGGGAUCAGUAGCUCCCUGCAUACCCGGCUUUCCAGCUUCUGGGACCCAGGUGGCUCUUGCUGCCUUGGGACCCUGUUCCCUCUACUCUUUGCCUGUCCCUUUGCUCUUCAGCCUUCAGGCUCAGCCACAGUGUCACCUCCUGACGCUGUGCCUGCUUGUUCUCCAGUGCCUGAGCUGUGCCUGCCCCUCCCAGCUGCAGCCCCUCCUGGUACUGACUCUCCUUGGGGUUUGCAGUGUGACCCACCAGGCUGCCCGGGUACUCCUGGCACAGGGAAUAAAGGAGGCCAUGGGCUGCAGCUGGCUCUUGAGUCCCAUGGCCCUUUGUGCUCUGCUCUGUUCUUGCCUCGGAGUAGCCCGGGCCUCCCCGUCCCAUGUGCAGAUGAAGAAGCCAGCGCUCGGGGACUCUGUCCCUCUGCCUGGGUCCCACUGGCAGCAGGAUGGACCAGCCAGUAGGCUCAUUCACUGUGCCACAAGGGCCCAGCCCAGGCCACACUCAGAGCCAGGGGAGCUUUUGGGUAGCGCCGGGCCAGAGCUGUUCACUCCUGGCAAACCCGCGAGAGGUUCCUUUUUCUCAGUGGGUUUCGUUGUGUGAGGGAUUUUCCUCCUCCCCAGUGACUAGAAGAAAAUGAAAGCAAAGCUUGGAGAUGGGCACAUGUGGGAUAAAAUAUUAGGAAAGUAUUCUGACAAAAUUUUAUUCUUUGGCUUUCCAAGUUUUCUGAGCCAAAGCACAUUCACCUUGCAAAGAAAAUAAACCUGCAUGCAAAGCUAGUCCAGGAUGACGAAGGUGCAGAGCGACUUCCUGGAGUUGGACUACUAGCUUUGCUCUUUCGGUGCUGGCUGCUUCCCACGGCCCGCAGGCCCAGGGACCGCUAAGCGGGACUGCAUCCGACUGGCCAUGACACCCACAGAGUUCACAGACCUUAUUCCCAACAUGUCUGGUGACUACGGCUAUGACGCCACAAUGUCCAUGGACGACUACGUGAACUUGGACUUCCCGGACGUCUUCUGCAACAAGUCCAACGUCAGGCAGUUUGCCAGCCACUUCCUGCCACCCCUGUACUGGCUCGCGUUCGUUGUGGGCAUGGUGGGCAACAGCCUGGUGGUUCUCGUCUACUGGUACUGCACGCGGGUGAAGACCAUGACCGACACCUUCCUCCUGAACCUGGCGGUUGCUGACCUCCUCUUCCUUGCCACGCUCCCCUUCUGGGCCGUGGCGGCUGCGGACCAGUGGAAGUUCCAGACCUUGGCGUGCAAGGUAGUCACCGGGCUGUUCUGGACGAACUUCUAUAGCUGUGUGCUGCUGCUCAUGUGCAUCAGUGUGGACCGCUACAUCGCCAUUGCGCGAGCCAUGAAGGCGCAGGGCUGGAGGCGGAAACGCCUGGCCUACAGCAAGCUGGUGUGCUGCGCCAUCUGGGUACUGGCUGUGGGGCUCUGCACCCCGGAAAUGCUGUACAGCCAGGUCAAGAGGGAGUCCGGCGUCUCGUCCUGCACCAUGGUGUACUCCAGGGACCAGAGCACCAAAGCCAAGUCGGCCGUCCUGACCCUGAAGGUCACCCUGGGGUUCUUCCUGCCUUUCUUGGUCAUGGCUUUCUGCUACGCCAUCAUUAUCCACACCCUGAAGCAGACCAAGAAGUCCAAACACAAGGCCCUCAGGGUGACCACCGCCGUCCUCAGCGUCUUUGUCCUGUCUCAGUUCCCCUACAGCUGCGUACUGCUGGUGCGCGCCGUGGAUGCCUACGCCAUGCUCAUCUCCAGCUGUGCCACCUCCAUCAGCGUGGACAUCGCUCUCCAAGUCACUCAGACCCUCGCCUUCCUCCACAGCUGCCUCAACCCUGUUCUCUACGUUUUUGUGGGCGAGCGCUUCCGCCGGGAUCUCAUGAAAACCCUGAAGAACUUGGGGUGCAUCAGCCGGGCCCAGUGGGUUUCCUACAUGAGGCGCCAGGGAAGCCUGAAGCUGUCGUCCGAGCUGCUGGAGACCACGUCGGGUGCACUGUCCCUGUGACGUCUUCUCUUAGGACACAUAGUCCGUCCUUCUGGAAGUAGCGGGACAGGUGGCCCUGUCUCCCCACAGAAGAGACCAGGGGAAAGCGAGGGAUGGAAAGGCAAUGUGAGGAGAAAUGCGGAAAGGGGUGAUCAGAUGAGUAUUAGCACAUUCAGUCUUAAUUUGCCAAACCAGAGUUUUCAACAUCAGCUGCUGCCACAGCCACCAAGGGCCCAGUGCCGCAUUUUUGAGGGGCGCAAGGAGUGGCGGUGAGGCUGUCCUAGGUUUGCACUGCCCAGCACUGAGGCUGCCGGUUUGCAGCAGCCUGUGGGUUGUCUCAGUGCCCCGUGGAUCAUGCUGGCUUCAGAGCCGCGGGCUGACCUGGGCGAGGGCUCAGCUUGUCCACCGUGGCCACACAGUGGUCCUUGCAGCCCAUGUGUCACCGGGUGGCCCUGGCUGGGGUGGCCCAAUGGCUGACCUCCGUCUGCGCCCUUGCACGGGGGCUGGCUCGGUUGUUCUCUUCCAUGGCUGAGUGAGUCUUCUCUGUUUCUUCCGCUCUGCUGCCUGCAUUGUUAGCUUUUCACCCUAGAAAUUAGCUCGGAAAAGUAUGUAAGAUAACUCAUUUCUGCUUUGCGUCUUUGUUUUUACUAUUUGGCAAAUUUACCACACCAUCAUCACAUUGGAGAAGUGCUUUUUAACAUACAUGUGAAGUGUGGAUUGCUCGCUCCUGUCUAUCUUGUUUGAAUAUUUUAAGUGGUGUAAUGAAGAGAUCAUAAAUAGACAACGAAUGGGAAGAGGAAGAGAAAUAAAAUCUCCAGUAAAACUA